AAUAUAAGAACCACGAAAACCACACAAAUAACACUUUUCUAUUUUAUAAAUCCAAUGCAUAUCUCUCUCUUUUAAUUCCAUUUCUCUUAGUUUCUGUUCACCGCCUUUCUCUCUCCCGCAAAAAUCGCUCACUUUCUCCUGUCCUUUCCUCACCUUUCCGUUUUCCUCCUCAAAUCUCUCUCUCCCUGAGUCUCUCUCCUUUCUUUUCUUUUUCUUUCUCCAUUCUCUCUGAAAGACCUAAAGAAAUUAAAAUGAAAACAGGCAAGUUAUGCGAGCUUUGCGAGGAAGAAGCCAAGGUUUACUGUUCGGCGGACGCUGCUUUUCUUUGUCGGAACUGCGACAACAAGGUUCACCAAGCCAAUUUUCUCGUAGCUCGUCAUAUCCGUCACGUUCUAUGCAGAAAAUGUAAAUCUUUUUGCGGAUUAGAACCCAUUAGGGCUUCUCCAUCAGAAUCCCAAUCCCACCAUCUUUGCAAAACUUGUUCUGUUGAAGAAAACAACCACCCAAUGCCUUCUUCAACUCUCUCAUCGUCUUCUUCUGAUUGUCUAUCUACCAACGAAUCUUCAUCCACAGAUUUCAAAACCAAAAGAAUACUCGUAAGAUCAAGAUCAACCACGCCUAUUCAAUCUUCCUCCACCGCCUCUGUUCCCGAGCUUUCAAAUACCAAAAGGUUGGAAAGUGUUUUCGUAAUUUGGUGCAAGAAGCUAGGGCUGAACCAACACUCCGUUGUGCCUACGGCGACAUCCGCCUUGCGGUUUUGUUUAGAGCGGUUGGCGAUUCUGCCGUUUAGGCUGAGCUUGGCAGCGGCGUUUUGGAUCGGGCUAAGGAUGAGCGGGGACAUGUCGGUUGCCACGUGGCAGAAUCUGAGGAGGCUUGAGGAGCUGUCCGGUGUACCGGCCAAGCUGAUCGUGUCAAUGGAACCGAAACUGGCACGUGCCAUGAGGUUGAGGAGGAGAAUCAGACGGGACCUGAAAGAAGGAUGGGCUGAGUGUAAUGUUUGAAUCGCACGUGUGACGGAAUGAAUAAUUUCGUGUUUUUUUUUUUCUUAAUUAGAAAUAGUUUUCUCCUUUGAUUAGAUUAGUUUCUGGUAUUAAGAGUAAUGCCAAAAAAAAAAUGAAAAUUAAAAAUUGCGAGACAUUGAAUAUAUUCCAUAUUAAUUUCCUUGAUUAGAAAAAAAAAUACAUUACGUAUUAAUCGGAUAUUGCCUCGUAUUCAGCUACUUAAUUU